AUGAAGGGUGAUAGUAAUAAGACUGAAAGAAAUAGAAGGAGUAAGAAGGUACAAUUUAUGAUAGGCUUAAGAGGGAACAUAGACUUAUUUCAGAUUAUUUUUUCAGUAAUUUUUCUUGAUGUUCUGAAUUUCACUAGACAAGCUGUCUCUUCUAUCUGGUUUUUAUGUAAGCAGGUGAAUCGGAUGAUGACCGUGAAGAAGUCUUGGCAGCAGCACACUUUGCUUGCUACUCCAGUUGUAUGUCUCACUCUGAAAUUUGUGUUUCUGAAGCAUUUGGGUGCUACACACUUAAAAUAUGGAGUUGUUGAUGAACACUUAAAAUAUGGAGUUGUUGAUGAACAUUUUGAGGUGACAAGAUUCGCGCUUUUGGAAAUGAUAAAAGAGGGGGUACCGGAGAUGUGGUCAGAAGAGAUGAAGAAUGCAUGGACUGAAGCUUUUAAUCCAAAAGUAUAUCUUAGGGGAUAUAUAAAAAUGGAUGGCAGAGUAAAUUUUAAAGAACUAGAGAUGUUUGGUUGUUGUUGAAAUAUGUUAUGCAAGCUAUGCUGUUGUUCUGGUUUGUGCAAGUAUCUUGUGUUGAGCAGCUGAGUGUGUAUCUGUGCAGCAGAUUGGUGAGUGUGCAGCUUUGUCAAUGAGCAUCGAUGAUGAUCUGCAGGUCCUUGAUUUCAGCAUCUACACCCUUCUGCAUAAUGCCUAUACUUCGCGUAUGUGUGACCCCGAAGCUGGUGAAGAUGAAUAGAGAACAUAUGAAGCUCACACCAUUCAAACUGUAGAAAAUCUUAAAAGCAGCUCAGAUAUUGUCAUUUGUCAAUGUGCAGAAGUUAUGAUAUCCAGCCUAUGUUACUCAGACUUCGGUACUUGCAUCCGACUACAGUACAUGUUCAAGUGUCCAACUUGUUUAUUAUGUGAAAUAGUUAUACAAUUUUGGUUCAAAAUGAAGAUUCUUCAGCUCAAUCAUGGAAUGAAAAAUGAAGCAAUUCUAUCAUACAACAUCACUUCCAAAAAGGAUUACUGCAACUUUAAAAACAGUAUAUAACAUCUGUUAUAAGCAAUUAUUUUACCAUAUUACCCAAUAUAAUCCGUUAUUUGAACCAAGUAAGCUUCUAAAAGGUAAAAUUGAAGCUGAAAUCUAGAAAGACUUCACAAAAAACCUUGAAUUACAGUGGAAAACAGAUCUUUAUUAAGUUGGUAAUCUAACAAGAAGAGUGUUAUAACCCAGCAAGAUGCCUCUUCAACAAUACGGCUACUAUUGCAAUCAUAACCGUGAUCAUGCUUUUCUAUUAUCUAAAUUCACAAAGCAUCCACAACCAUUUUCCAAAUGAUGGAGAGCACAAUUUGAGAAAUUAACAAGUUUACGAACAUGUUUAAUGCUAUACCGGUCCAUAUAAUACAAUGAAAGCGUAUAAAAGCAUUAUGAAACCUCAUAUGUCACAGAUCCUCCACAGGUCGCCGACUGACGAAGGUCACGUUUGAUAUAAUACCAAUUGCAGAAAGAAUGCAGAUAGCCCUUGGACCACUUUGAGAGAAUGACAUGAUCCUAGAAGCUACAUCCUGAUGGCCAAGAAAAAACAGCUUCAGAGUAGAUUAUAUGGGUCCUCUGUUCCACUCUAACUACAUGUUACUACUCUUGCAUCAUUGUGUCGUUUAUUUUUAGAUCUAGCGAAAGAUUCAUAGUUGUUGUUUCUUACUUUAGUUGAUUACAGUAAAAUCACUCAUAUAGUCAAUUUCCCUAUUUUUUUUUUAAAUUUUAAUGUGAAGUAGAUUAUAUGGGUCAAUCCAAAA